UGGUUUCAAUUAUUGAUAGUGUUUUGAUGAAAAAGUUUAGUUGAAAAUGUUUUCGACCUUACCCGUCUCCAUCACCCUCCAUUAUACAACCUCCUCCUAGAUAAGAAGUCUCCAACUACAUCAAUCUCCCAAACUCUACUAAGAAAGCUCUCUUUGUGUCACGAAACUUGCAAAAAUCAUUCAUAAAAAUCAGAAACAUGGGAGCCACCACAUUGACCCAUGUGACCACCAUUAACCCUAAUAGCACAAAAAUUCAUGGACCGGUCGUAGACGAAGUUGAAGGCCUUAUAAAAGUUUACAAAGACGGCCACGUGGAACGAACUCAAGUCGUGCCGUGUGUGGGUACCUCACUACCCCUCGAGCUCGGCGUGGCUUGCUCCGAUAUUGUCAUAGACAAGUUGACCAACGUAAGGGCACGUCUCUAUGUCCCGAUGAUGACAACGACGACCAAGUCGUCCGUCUCUAAGUUACCUUUGAUUGUCUACUUCCACGGUGGAGGAUUCUGCAUCGGCUCAUCUUCUUGGUCGUGUUACCACGAGUUCUUGGCUAGAUUGUCCGCUCGCUCACGGUGUUUGAUCAUGUCUGUAAACUACCGUCUAGCCCCUGAGAACCCUCUUCCGGCAGCUUACGAAGACGGGGUCAAUGCCAUUCUUUGGCUGAACAAAGCAAGAAACGAUACCUUGUGGGCCAAGCUAUGUGACUUUGACAGGAUCUUCUUGGCCGGAGACAGCGCCGGAGGCAACAUCGCGCACCAAGUCGCAGCAAGAUUAGCAUCCACCGAGCUAAAGCCACUGGAGAUAGAAGGAGCCAUCCUGAUCCAGCCAUUCUUCGGCGGGGAGGCGCGUACUGAGAGCGAGAAGCGCGUGGGAAACAACAAAAGAUCGGUGCUGACACUGUCGUCUUCUGACGCGUGGUGGAGGCUAUCUUUGCCACGUGGUGCAAACAGAGAGCAUCCAUAUUGUAAGCCGGUGAAAACCAAGUCGUCAACGGUGAUGAUGAGGACGCUGGUGUGCGUGGCGGAGAUGGAUCUGCUGAUGGACAGAAACAUGGAGAUGUGCGAUGGUAGUAAUGAGGAAGUGAUCAAGCGCGUGGUGUAUAAAGGCGUUGGUCACGCGUUUCAUGUUCUCGGUAAGUCUCAUCAGCUUGCGCACACCACAACUCUAGAGAUGUUGUGCCACAUCGACGCUUUUAUCAACCACUACGAGCCCUUUAAUUAGUUCUGUCUAUGGUAUAAUCUUUUUUUUUCUUUUUCAUAGUGGCUCUCUCUUAUAUAUUUGUAUCAUACUACUAAACAAUAUUUUUAUGUUGUAUAUCAUAUAUUGAAUAUAGUCUUGAGUGAGUCCUAGAAGAUGUAAGUUGUGUUGAUUCAAUCAAGGUUCAUUGUUACGUAUCAUCAUAUCUCUAUAAAAUUGGUUUACGAAAA